CGUUACACAUACAAGAUAGUAGAUACGACACAGCAACGCACACAUACACUCUCAUGUUUCACACAUUCUACAGUUACACACCAUUACUAUUACACGUUUCGGUGUUUACUGUUAAAUGUUUAAACUUCUUAAAACAUAAUAACACGUUUUUUUUUCAGUCUACUUAAAUACUAAAUAGUUAAAAUCUUCGUUGUAAUUCUCUAUCAAUUCACAUUUUGGCUUUUAAUUUUGUUAAUUUUUAAAUUUAGUUGCGUGGUUUAAAAUUACCGUAGCUUAUUAUGUUUUCGUUUUUGAAGUUUUUAAAUUCUAAAUCGGAUGCUGAAAAGAAUAAAGGGCCCAACAGCUUAAAUGGUAAAACAUUAAACCUUAAUAGUCCAAAGGCCAGGGCUCUCAAUGUUUUUAAUAACAAGUCACCCAAUUCAAAUGGAAGUAGAACUUCAUUAAGAUCCAAUUGUAAAGAAACAGUGACAAGUCCUGGAUUUAGUUUUCGUAUAGCUCAAAAAGCUCGGGAAAUGAGGUCAACAACUCCAAACACAGAUGUAUCAAAUUUAUCAACAUCCUAUACUCUAGAAAAUAGUUUGAAUGGUAGCAAUACUUUAAAUGGCAAUAAUACACCAAGAGACGUAUAUGAUAAGAAACGGAAAUUGAUGGAAACGUUAGAUAAUUUUGGAGUGAGAAAAAGAACUCGGCAAGAGGUAAUAUAUAAGAGCGGUGUUGAUGCAUUUGUUAAUCGACGUCGAAGAACUAUAAGUGAAACUAGUGCACCUGACCGUGUGAUUGUGAUGAAUGGACAUAAUCAUAGAUUCAAUCAACCUGCCCCAACAGUAACAAAUUCUUCAAGUGUCAAUGUAGAAAAUAAAAAAACUAAAAGACAAGGAGAUUUUGGAACAAAUAUUUGUCAUCCUCAGAAGAAACCUAGGACUCGAAAUAAUGAAAUAUUGAGCUCCUAUAGUUCAAGCAAGUUUUUAUUAACACCUGGUCAAAAACGAUCUUAUCCAUCUGAUCACGAAGAAGAAUCACCAGAUCGUAAACAUUGUAAAAGCUGCACAUGCUGUGGUUCUACUGUUUUACUUAAUAAUGACCGGAAUAAUUCCAAUAAAAGUGACAAAACUACAGAAACUGACAUGUCUGAUGAUCUAGUAACAGUGGCAGCAAGUCGCAUUUUUAACAGAAGUGGUAAAACUCAGGUUGUUAAGAAAUUAUGUAUGAAAACUAUACUUGAUGAAGUAUUUGACGACACUGAUCCUAUACCAUAUACAAGUAUUGAAAAGCUUGAAGAAAAAAAGAAAAAAGCUCAAAAGAAAGUUAUUUUAAUUGAACAGCAUAUUGAUAAGUCUAAUGUGAAAAAUGGCAACCAGUCAGUUGAUUCAGCUGCUUGUGCCCCAACACCUAUAGUAUCCACAUUUAAUGAAAUACAACCAGCGGUAACUAAUACAUUGUCGUCCACUGUAUCAACUACUUCACCUAGUGCUACAUUAAGCACAAAACCUUUAGUUCAGUCUACAACGCCACUAGCAUUUGGUCUUCAACCAUCAGAGAGUACACCAAAAAUAAGUGAAGGAAAUAAAAGUAAUACUCCAUUACAAUUUAAUUUUGGUAGUCCAAUAGCUUCUGCAGUAACACCUGUUGAGAAAAAUCAUAAACAGACUAAUGAAGUAGAUGGGAAAGUAAUUGAUGAUCAAACACCAGAAUCUACUAAUAAUAAACUAGAAAUUAAGACUCAAAAUAGUACUGUAAAAAAUCCUAAUGAACAAAAUGAAUAUCAGUCUUUAGAAAAAACCAAAAAUAUUAAUGAUAAUUUUCAAAUUGGAGGACAAAAUAAUUUUAAUGAUGACAAAGAUAAACCAUCAUUUCAGUUUACUAUUCCAGCAUCUAAACCAAGUGAAUCUGUUUUAAAUUCAUCCACUGUUAGUGAUUUUUCUAAAAUAAAGGAUAGCAAUUUGCAUGUACAAUUUGAUACUGAAAAGUCAACAGAUAUUUCAAAGAAAGAAGCAGCACCAUCAUUAGUAUUUGGAACUAAAAUUGAUAACUUUUCAAACCCCAAAAAACCAUCGUUUACAUUUGGAGUACCCAAGGCUGAUGAAAAACAAUCCACACCUGUUAUGCAAUUUGGAGUGUCCAAAAUUGAUGACAAACAAUCAACACCUGUAAUGCAAUUUGGAGUGCCCAAAAUUGAUGAUAAACAAUCAACACCUGUAAUGCAAUUUGGAACACCCAAAGUUGAUGAUAAACAAUCAACACCUGUAAUGCAAUUUGGAACACCCAAAGUUGAUGUUAAACAAUCAACACCUGUAAUACAAUUUGGAGUACUUAAAUCUGAUGAAAAACAAUCAACACCUGUAAUGCAAUUUGGUGCAACUAAAGUCAAUGAUAAACAAACAACACCUGUAAUGCAAUUUGGAGCACCCAAAGUUGAUGUUAAACAAUCAACACCUGUAAUGCAAUUUGGUGCAACUAAAACUGAUGCCCUUCAAUCAACACCUAAAAUGCCAUUUGAAGCAACAAAAGGAUCAGAAAAUUCAACAGCUACUCAAUCAUUAUUCUCAUUUGGUAAUAAUCAAAAAUCUGUAGACAAUUCAAAACCAACUGAUUCUGUGAAAUUCCAAUUUGGUCCAUCAAAGUCUGAUAGUACAUCUUUAACAGAAUCUACAAAUGCAGUUUUCGGCUCAAAUUCACAAAAUAAAAAUCUAUUUAGUUUUGGUAAGACAGAUAAUAUAACCUUGCCUACCAGCAAUCCUCCUAAGUAUGAUUCUGCCACCGAAAAAUCAACACCUAAAUUACAAUUUGGUGCUUUGCCGACUCCGGUAUUUGGAGCGUCUACAGCAGGAGAUCAAUCAAAGUCUCAAUUCAACACUUCUGUCACUCAAUCUGCUAUCAACCAAGGCCCUAAAUUAGUUUUUGGUAGUCAAACAACUGAAAACAAACCAACAGCGUCUGGUAUGGUUUUUGCUAAUAAUACAACAAAUCCUAUCUUUCAAUUUAACAAUUCUGGAUCAAAACUUGGUGAUAAACCUUCAGAGACGCCAAGCGGCUCAUUUCCAUUCAGUUCUAACAAAACUACACCAUCCUUUGGAGCCUCUGCUUCACAAGAAUUUAGAGAUAAACCAGCAUUUCAGUUUAAUACACAGAAAACAGAAGAAACAAAAACCCAAUUCUCAGCUCCCAGUUUUGGAUCUCAAAAUACAAAUGCUCCCUUCAAAUUUGGAGGGAACGAAAAACCUGCUUCUUUUGGAACUACUUUUCCAACUUCCAACCAACCAUUACAAUUUACAAAUAAUACUGAAAAAACAGCAGAACCAUUCAAAUUUGGAAGUUCAGUUCAAACGAGUAAUGCAUUUCAAUUUAGUGCUGAUAAAACUGAUCCAGUAAAAUUUGGCCAAACGUCCAACACAUUUGCUACAUCAGGAUUUAGUGGUUUUGGCAAUUCAGCACCUCAACAAACCACCACAUUUGGUACUGUUCAACCACCGCAACCAUCUCCAUUUGGCAACAUAGCUUCCCCUACUGCUGCACCUACAUUUGGCAAUGUAGUAUCACCUCCAUCUAAUACAUUUGGAACAAAUCAAAGCUUUCAGUUUGGUAGUACAAACAAUGUUCCUACAAGCUCAUCUACAUUUGCCUUUGGCAGUAAUUCACAACCUACUAAACCAGAUGGGGCUUUUAGUUUUAAUGCUACUUCUACAACUGCUUCACCAUUCCAAUUUGGCCAAGGCCCAUCACCAUUGUCAACACCACAGUUUGGAGGAACACAACCAAAUCAAGGAUCGUUUGGUUUUGGAUCACCUCCAAUGACUGCAACUGUUAUGCCUGGAUCAAGUCAACCGUUAUUCUCCAUGGGAACAGCUCCUGCCGGUGAAAGACGUAAAGCUAAAGCAGUUAGAAGAAGACAAUAAUUUAAUAAUUACAAUUAAAAUUUUUUGUUAAAAUACUCUUAAUUUAUGAAGUUUAAAUAUUUUAUCUCUACAAAUACUAACACACUGUAGUAAUAUCUUAUAUGCCUAUUUGACUAUUGCAAAAUUGUUUGCGGUGUAAAUGUAAUUUAUUUUUUGUAUUUACAUUAAAAAAAUCCAAACUCCAAUUAUUUGUCAACAAAAUAUUAUGUUGCUUCUAUGGCUAAUUUAUUCUUCUGCGGUACUAAUUUGUUUUAAUUUAAUUUUAAUAUUUAUUUGAAUUGUUUUGUACGGUUUUUAUUGACUUGAUUAUUUUAUAAAUAUUGUACCUUGAGUAAUCAAAUAUUUAUUUUAAAAAUUAUUAAUAUCACAGUGUACACAUUGUACAUUGUAUGUAAUAAUGACAAAUAAUUUGAUUUAUUCAACUUUCCCAACUAUUUUAAUUAAAACAUUUUAUACUUGUUAUUUGAAAUGAUCGGCUUGAACAGUUUGUAUAGAUUGUAUUUUUGUAUGAUAUCAAACUAACAAAAUGAGUAAUUGUAUUAUUGUAUUUAUAAGUUUUAUAUCAAAAAUUAUCUUUCAAAAGAUUACCUGUGUUUAGUAUUUUUAGUAAAAUAUUUGUGUAAUAUAAUGUUAAUUCUUAAAAAGUUAUUGUUAUUUUCUGUACAUUUUUGAAUUAAUAAAAAAUUAAAAUUUUAAUUUUUUAUAAAUAUAUUUUCAUCUAUGUUAUAAUUUCAUCUAUGAUGAUAACUGUGAGAUGUAAUGCUGUAAAAUGUAUAUUGUAAAAUUUGUUACGUUUUUUUAACCUACAAUUGUUGUUAAUAAAUUA